AUGGCUGCCGCACUUCGAGCUGACAAAUCUGGUCUUGCUCGGGAAGUGCAACAAAAGCUGACCGAAAAGUUCGAUGAGGAGGAAGCUGCCAAAGUGCUCCGUUGGAUUUGUCUUCUCACACCACCCAACGAUUGUCCCCAGCACUUCAUCGAAGCGAUGCAAAAAAUUCCACCUCACAUCGAACAAGCUAGCAUGGAUGAGUUCUCCAAAUUGCUACGCGACGGUCUCGUGCUAGGCUUUAUUAUAGCUUGUUUGGAUCCCAAAAGUGUAGCUCAAAUGCAAAAAAUACAAACAUGGCAAAUAUCUGACAAACCGAUUUUUGAGACAAAUCGUUGCCGUGAUCGGAUAGGAUUGUUCCUGCGAUUUACCACAUCUUUUGGUGUGGAUUCCGUGUUUCAGUUCCAGACAGAUCAGUUGUAUGAAAACACAAACCUCACUCAAGUUGUUGUCUGUCUGACACACGUUGGAGUGGAAGCACAAGCAAAACCUGAAUGCAAUGUGCCUGAAGGAUACUGGAUGCAGAAACAUCGUGAAAACCGUCGCAAUUUUUCUGAGGAAAAACUCAGAUCUGGCGAUCGAGUUAUCGGUCUACAAAUGGGCAGUACAGCCGGGGCUAACGCUUCAGGAAUCACAUUUGGCGGUCGACGACAUAUAACCGAUACGUUCUGA